AUGGCUAGGCUUAGCCGUUUGAAGCACUAUUGCCAGCUUUGCCAAAGGCAAUGUAGCGACGAAAAUGGACUGAAGUGCCAUCUCUUUUCAAUCACACACAGGAGGAAACAAGAGGCAUAUGAUGCCGAUCCAAAGGCAUUUUUAGAGGCAUACAGUGGGGCAUUCCAGAAAGCAUUCAUUUCCAUUCUAAAUUCCCAGUGGGGCGGUGGUAAACGGGUAUUAGCUAACAUCGUAUAUCAGAGCUACAUUUCAGAUAGAAACCACAUUCACAUGAACAGCACCAAGUGGAAAUCACUCUCUGAAUUCAUAUGGCACCUAGACAGAUCAAAACUGAUCAAGGCCGAAGAGGUGGCUUCCCAAGAAAAUGGCUGCGAUCCUAAAAUUUACAUUUCCACUUUAUCAGAUAUUUCGUCCGUUUGUGAACGAAUGCGUGCAAAGAUAUCUCAGCCGCACAAAGAGGGCACCGGCCUGGAGCAUCUUGCUAUCACACAGGCACGUUUGUACAAUACUACUCCAACUGGAGAAGCAAAAGAACAACCACUUUCACCAUCCAUAAUUGGGAUCAAAGCCAGCCAACCCGAGGAGGACAACAAUGGGGAAAGACCAAAAAUUUCUUUUAAACUUUCCGUAAAAAGGUUGCUAAAGGAAUUUUCGACCAUUUCAAAUUCAGAAGCAGAAGGGUUUGUCGCCUUUCCAGCCUCCGAAAAUGAUGUUUUCGACUGGCACUUUGUCAUAUCUCGUCCGAUAGACACCAUAUAUCAAGGGGGGCUUUAUCACGGAAGGAUUGUGUUUCCGGCAGAAUAUCCAUUCAAGCCGCCAUCGUUUAGCUUCCUCACGCCAAAUGGGCGCUUCGAGACGAACACUAAUAUUUGUUUGUCAAUUUCUGGGUAUCAUCCGGAAAACUGGCAGCCAGCAUGGGGCGUCAGGACGGCGCUAAUUGCUCUCACAUCGAUGUUGCCAACCAAGAACGACGGGUCCAUUGGGAGCAUAACCACUCCUGACCACAUUACGCGGGACCUUGCCAAAGAAUCCGCAAAAUGGAAAUGCCCCAGAUGUCGGAAAAGCAAUUUUGAGCUAAUGAAGGGAAACAUUCAGGCCUCGGAAGAUUCAAAGUGCGGGUCUACCGAAUAUUCGACACAAAAUCCCCCAACACCGACCGCCAAUCACAUUAGCACAAUGGUCGCCAAUGGGCAUCAUGAAAAGGAUCGCUACAUCACCACCCCUAUUGUGUUUAUACUUUUGGCCUUUGGCUUAUUUUUUUCUUUUUUAAUCUUUUACACAAUUAUUGAUUAA